AUGGCGACCGCACCCCCCGCGACCGCUGGUCCUAAAAAAUUGUCUUUUGCCAAGGUGGUUGCGUCUAAACCUAAAGAAAAUAUGCCCGUUGUUUCGGCCCCUCGAGUUGCUGUACCAGCCAUAGAACAUCGCUCGCAGCCCGUUGUCGUUUCCACUACUCCAGUCGCGACGACUAAGAAUGCUACAGCUACAUCUGGGAAUAGUCCGGUAGCUGCCGUCAAGCCUCCUCUAGUUUCUAAAGAAAAUGGUAUAGUUGCUGUUCCGUCUAGUAGCGUGGUCGUUGAUGGUACCAGACUUGCGCAAGGCGGGAAGAAUAUGCAUGCCUCUCUCUCUAUUGCUAGCGUUUCGUCUACGCCUAGUCUUGUUGUGAAUGGCUCCUCGUCUUCCGUCGGCGAAACACAAACUAAGAAUGACAAUGGGGCGUCGGUAUCGGAUGACGCUUCGCAGAGGGCUGAUUCCAACUCGGAGAUGGGUACUAAGGCGCCCAGUAUUGACGGGAAGAGUAUUACUUCGGGAACUACAUUUCGCUUGAUGAGAAGGAAUCCCUACGCCCUGAUGACAGUGCCAGCAAUUGGCGAUAUGCCAGAGAGACGAAUCGUCCAAAUACUCCCCGAGUUGCAAGACAAGGGAAUUGCCACCCCACAGAGCGGGUGCUUCCAGUCAGCAGCCUCCGGUAGAGCAACCUCAGACACUAGGAAUCGUGAAUGGGUCGUCCGAUGCCUUUACAUAAUAUACGGCCAGAACCCAGACGAGAAGCUUUUAGAAGCUAUGCAAUCCCCGAAAGACCGGAUUUUCCUCCUACGGCUGGAGCAAGAUGUUAUUAACUUUGUUCAAACCUCUAAGGAGCCCUAUAUGGAUCUUCCACCGAAUAACUCAUUCUGCAGAAUGUUAACCCACAAGCUUGCUGACUAUUAUCACAUGACGCAUUCUUUCGAAGCCAUCCAAGGUUCUGUUCGUAUCUUCCGGACUCCUUUCUGCCGAGUUCCUCCCUCCUUAGCCAGUAUUGUGGGCAAUACCCCCAAUAGCAAUACUACCACAACGCCUCCGCAACUACUACCGAAGAAGAUCAUGCGGCGUGGCGAGGAAGGUGGAUCAGGACAAGCUAGUAGCAGUCCAUCCAAAGCAACCUCCGAAGUGGGAAGCGAUGGCAAGGAAAAAUCGGCGAAAGACAAGCCUACUAGAGAGGAGCGCGAAGAGGCGUACAAACAAGCCCGAGAGAGGAUUUUUGGCAGUUCGGAUAAACCUGGAGAGUCUACACCAGAAAAUGACGAUGCGAAUGGCAUCUCUCGAGCAAGUUCCGUAUCAGCAAAGGAUAAGUCAAGCCUUGGGAAACGAGGAAAGACGAGCAAGCAGCGAAGAGAUGACUCCGAGAGCUUCGAUUCCCGAUCACAGUAUCAACCGUAUUACCAUCCUCACCAACCUAAUUGGACUACGCCUCAUUAUAUCCCCAUCGGGCAUCCACAGUACAGCAGUCCUGUUCAGCAGCCGUACCAAAGCCCCAUACCCCAAGCCUAUGCGCCACCUGCGCAACCCUAUCCUGCUAUGAUGCCUAAUGGCGCAUUUCCGCAGUACGGCAAUAUGCCAAUGUAUCCUCCUCAGACGCAGGUCACUCCGCCACGGUACACUGCGCCUAAUGGCCCCGUGGGUGCUUACGCUGGCCCGGUCCCGGUCCCGGUCCAAGUCCCAGUCCCAGUCCAAACCCCUCCGCCUCAACAAUGGCAACCCAAUUAUACUCAGGCCCCACCACUAAGCCCGUAUCAAAGCCGGGCCCCUCAACCUCAGACCCCGGGAAACCCAGGGCCAGUUGGUAUUCCUUACGCAUUUGGACAGCUUCCUGCGAAUGCCAAUCCGCAUGAUCCAAAGAGUCAGCAUCCUAUCCCGGGGAGCUACAAUCGGCAUGCAUUUAAUCCCAAAACCCAGUCGUUUGUCCCUGGCAAUGGCAUGGUACAGGUCCAACCUCCGCUACCCCCUUAUAAUAUGGGCGGGCACGGUAGCCCCCAGGUUGGCUCGCCUCAUCUAGCCUAUAGUGCAUAUAGCAGCUCUCCGGCUCCACCUCAACCGUAUGUAGGUGGACCAGGCUACGGGAUGAGUCGGCAAGGAUCUAACAGUUCGUUGCCGGCUUAUCACCCACCCCAGCCCCAGCACCUCCCUCAGCAUCCUCCAGUACAUCUACCCCAAGUGCCGGUUCAGAUGCCUAACAAACCGAACAUUCCCAUUCCCCCGCCGACCGGACCAAACCAGACUUUUAGCCACUUACCUACCUACGGCAAUCCGGCCACCCUGCCGCAAAAGCCACCCACUGGAAUCUAG